ACGAUAAUCUAGGCGAUGAUGAGUUUUAUUAAUUUUAAAAGUUUUCGUUUAAAGCCGGGUCGAAAGAAACAAAGAACGAGGUCGAUUACGAAUCUAUAAAAGCCCGCUAAUUUUAUCCCCAUCACAUAUUUAACACCCGGAAGCUUUACGAAUAAGACGGAAAUAAUGGCUGGGUCGUUAAAAAAUACGAUGCUGAGUUUUUUAAUUCUCUAUUUAUUGAGCGAAUCCAGUAUUGCUUACACAGGGCAGAGGAUAUCGUUUCCGAUGAGAUACGUCGAUCGUUCGAUAACGAUUCCUUCGUCAGUGUCGGAAAAUAUUUUGCUGCCUACUGGAAAAUGUCAGGAUUUGACGAACCGCGAUUUGUCGUUGUACUUGCCGGGAUGUGCGCCCGCGACUCUCUACCCCGGGUUCAUUGACAGCUCCCGGGUGUCUUGCUUAAGCAUUCCGGACAGUUUGAUUGGCCGCAUUGCCGUUGGUUCAUUUGACGGGAUGCCGAAUCUGCAGUAUCUGGAUUUGUCGCGAAACCGCAUUGAAUUCUGCGACGUUUUGCACUUUGGCGGGCACAAUAAUCUGGUGACGCUGAUCAUCGACGAAAACAACUCGCAGGGUGAACAAAUAGAUCUAGUGCUCUCGUUAUCAGACUGUUUUCCGCGAGUGGAACAUCUUUAUCUACGUAAAAACUUUCUCACUGAUAUAAAAGCACCGCUGCAGAGAUAUUUUCCAUCAUUGACUCAUCUCUAUCUGUCAGACAAUCGAUUGAAAGGCAGGACAUUUGAUUACCUCGAGCUUCCACUCACCUUGACCCAUCUACACCUGGAACGUAAUUGGAUCCGUCGAAUAGAUACUCGAGGAUUGAUAAAUCUUUCUUCGCUCUUCCUCGAUGGCAAUCGAAUCCAGUCUAUUUGCCAUUUGCAGUGUCCCGACGGUUCUUCUCACCUGAGUCUCCGCCAUACCAAUCGACUCCAGUUUUUAUCGCUCUCGCGAAAUGAAAUUGGCUAUAUUGAAUGCGACAGCUUCGAUGACACUCGUUUUCUCAAGAGUUUAAAUUUAGCCCACAAUAAAAUUGAUUCUAUUGCCCAGGGGACUUUUGAUGUUUUACAAGACCUAAGAGAUUUGUCUUUGAGCUACAAUCGACUUGUGAGUUUGCCAGAUUUUAGAAACCUCAGGAUGAUAACGAGCUUGUCAUUGGAUCACAAUCUAAUAGAUCGUAUUCCCUCGGGAAUCUUUUGCAAUCUUUAUCAUCUCAAGUGGCUGUCAAUGGGUCAAAAUCACAUCAGAAGUGUUGCCGUGGAUGCAUUUGUUAACCUUCCGUCGCUGGAGGAGCUUGAUCUGUCAAACAACGAGCUCACUUACCUUCCUUACGGCUGGGUCGAUGCUAACACACGUCUAAGACACCUUGACGUCCGGGGAAACCGGUUCACUAGGAUCGAGGAUCUCGCUCUAGACUGCGCGCUAAGUCUGACUCAUCUUUAUCUCCAAGGCAAUCCACUGACCCGAGUUGAUACACCCGCUUACUGGCGACUUGCUCACAAUGUCAGUGUUUAUUUGGAAUACGGCUCAUCAGUGCAUAGAGAACCGUGCUAUGUGCGAUGCGAUCAAACAUAUAGAGAGUACGUUAUACCUCGGGUAACUUCUGGUGAUGAGUGGACUUGGUUAAAAAUGUUUGGACAUUGCGUUUUAUUUUUAACCAUUUCUUGGUGCAUUUCAGUUCAUUGCAUCAAUUUAAAUAUCAGUGAACCGAUUUUUAUAAAUCAUGACUGUAUUUGUGACAGCGAAAAUCAAUCUGUCUUAGAUCUUUCAAAUACUGGAUUGAUGCGUUUGAAGAAAUCUUUUGUGAACAGUUCUGUUAUAACGCAUGUGUACUUGACUGACAAUGAUAUUUGGGAAAUUGACGAAGGUGCAUUCGAUAGUCUGCCGAAUUUGGUUUAUUUAAAUUUGACCGGAAAUUUGAUUUCGUUUGAUCAAUUAAAUUUUGGUGAUCAGUCAAAAGUUGAGACAUUGGUUCUGGAUAAUGCGAUAAGAAAUCCGGUUUAUAAAAAUUCUACUGAUCGGAGUUCAAAUCAUCAGUGCAGUGGAGUAAAUAAUUUCAGAGAUGCAAGUUCAGAAAAGGUCAACACGAUCGAACUUAAAAAUAAUAUGAAGCUUCCGCAAUUAAAAAAAUUGUAUCUUCGUAAUAAUAACAUUGAAUCCAUAAAUGAAGAAAAUAUUGCAUCGUUAAAAGAAUUAAUGCCGAGUAUUACUCAUCUUAAUUUGGAAGAAAAUCGUAUUUCAUCAGUGAGUUUCAUUAAAUUUUUACCGUCAACUGUGACGGAUUUAUAUUUACAUAAUAAUCGCAUAUCUAAAUUUGAAAGUGUGUCUUUAAAUAAUUUAAAAAUUUUGUCAUUAAAUGAAAACGAAAUAAAAAAUUUGUGUGGCAGCUAUGGAAAUUGUGAUGGAAUGACAUUAAAAAGUGCUGUUAAUUUAGAAAUUUUGUCAAUUUCAAAAGUCGGACUUAAAAAAAUAGAAUCAGAUUCAUUUGAAGAUUUAGGAAAUUUAUUAAUACUGGAUAUGUCUAUUAAUAAAAUUGAUGAAAUUGUUAAACAUACAUUUGACAAUUUGACAAAACUAAUGAUACUAAAAUUGGAUCACAAUGAAUUAGUUCGGUUACCUGACAUUUGCGGUUUAAAAAAUUUGGAAUCAUUUUCAAUUUCACAUAACAAAAUAAAAAUAAUCGACAAAUCAAUUUCUUGUUUAUCAAAAGUUAAAGAACUCAAUCUCAGCAGCAAUAUUUUGGAUGAAAUAAAUUCUGAAGCAUUUAGCAGUUUUAUUGAGUUAGAAGAACUGGACCUUUCGGGAAAUAAGCUCGUGAUUUUACCAGACAAUUGGAUUCCACUGAAAUCAAAUCUGCAGUACUUGCACUUAAACAAUAAUUUGUUUGCAAGUCUUGCAAGCAUGUCGCUAAUCGAAGCCAAAAAUUUGAGAUCUCUCAACAUCGGGAAAAAUCCAUUGAAAGUGAUAAAUAUCAAAAUAUUGAAGGCUUUACCAGAAAAUACGACAGUGGACAUCGAAAAAAUAGGUUGUGAGCAAUGCGAGAUAUGUCAGCAAUGUAAGCAAUGUAAAGAUCCACCACUCUGGGGAUCUAUUUCACAUUGUCGAACUUGUGGCUUCUUUUGUAACAAUUGCGACCCCUAUGAUAAAUAGUAAGAAUAAUACCAAAAAAAUUUUGUAUUAUUCUUAAAUAUCCGAAGAAAAUGUUUUUGACUAUAAUUCUAAUUUUCAAUAUCAAUUACUUAAUCAUGUAUUUGAAAUUCAAUAAUAAAUAAAUAUCCUCUUCAUGUA